AUGAGCGGGAGAAGUGUAUUGAUUGCUUACGAACGAUAUCAACGUUUACUAGAUCAGUCAUCACCAAAGCAGGAAGAACCACGCAUCACUGAAAAGCAGAACGGAGCUGGGCCUAUUAGCGUAACUCCAGCUGGUGAAAACAUAUCUGAUAGGGAUCAGGAGAGAGGAGUUCCUGUCAUUGAAAAGGGAGCUAGAAAAAUCAACCUCGUUCCUCCCGGUAUUCCAGCUCAUAAAACACGCAAAAGAGCAGCCGAAAAAUUCAUAGAUACAACUGAAGCAAAGAAAAACGUUAUUUCUUCGUGGGUCUCCCUGUAA